CUUGUACACGUACGCGCACAGACUCUGGUGUAAAGGGAGGAGGUGGCUGCGGAGCUGAAAGUCUCCCGGGACUCGGAUCCGGUCUGUCAUGACAGGGAACUAGAGAAGAGAGGACCAUUACACCGCCUCACAGGAACAUAGACCCGAAGACCUGGAUUGUAAUCUGAACGACGGAAAGACUCCUCAGAUCUUUCGAUAAUAAGGACUGAGUGUGAGAGCCUCGGUGGUGAGUUACUGAGCCUUCAGAUAUUUAUUUUAGUUGAAGGUUUUCCUGCAUUACGAGGCUGUGCUGUCGAGACUGUUUGUGUGGCUCGUAAUGUGUGUGUAUGCAAACAUGUUUCUACAGACCCAUUAUAGAAGGAACUAGUUUCCUGUGACAGGAUAUUAAGUAUCCCUCCACCCAGUUUGUUGGAGUUAUUUCUCGUGAGUUUGUAACCCGGGGAUCCGACAACCUUAAUCCGGGGACUGCUGACUGAACAGGCACCAUGAUCAGCUCGGAGGACCUGCGUCCGGCUUCGUCCGGCAGGAAGCCCCUGGGUAAGCUCGCCACCCGGCUGGAGGAGGUGAAGAACCCGUGGCGGCAGGGCUCCACGCUGGAGCUGAGCCACAACGAGGCGGCCCGCCUGGCGACGGACGCGCUGCUGGAGCACGGAGAGAAGGAGUACCGCAGGGUGCUGGCCGAGGAGCGGGAGCUCAACUUUCUGUCCCCGCUGGAGGUCCGGUACAUCACCAAAAACGCAGCCAAGGCGUGCGAUUCCGAGAGCAACGGACUCGGAGCGAAUGAGCGGGACUUCGGGGACGGGGACGCCGUGUCAGAGCUCACCUCCGGGACUUACUUCCCCAUGAUGUCCGACGAGGAGCCGCCGAUGCUGGAGCUCGGUUGGCCGGACUCCCCGGCGAGAUACGGACCGUCUGAGACGCAGAUCUACUUCCAGAGGGACAAGUCCCAUAACGUCAAAGACUUGAUCAGGUCCCUGAUCAACAAAGCCAAAAAGGUGAUCGCCGUGGUGAUGGACGUGUUCACGGACGUAGACCUGCUGUGUGAUCUGAUGGAGGCGUCCAACAAGCGCAGAGUCCCCGUCUACAUCCUGCUGGACGACAAAAACCUCGACUACUUCACGGACAUGUGUUCAGCUCUGGACAUUCAGAACUCACACCUGAGUAACAUUCGCGUCCGCAGUGUGUGUGGGGACACGUACUGCACCAAGAGCGGCAAGAAGUUCACCGGGCAGGUCCUGGAGAAGUUCAUGAUCAUCGACUGUGAAGAGGUCAUCGCUGGGUCGUACAGUUUCACCUGGCUGUCGGCUCAGGUGCACAGCAACAUGGUGAUGCAUUUCUCGGGUCGCAUCACUGACAGUUUCGACCGGGAAUUUCGCUGCCUGUACGCCGACUCGCAGAUCGUUGACUGCUUCUACAACGCCGAGGAGGAGGGGAUGCCUUAUUACCCGUCAUACCAGGCAGUCAUGACCCCCGGCAUGGGCAUGGGGCACGGACCGGUCAUGGGGUUGGAUUUACUCUCUGACAGCCGGCAGCGGGAAAGGGUCUGCUCUGAAAAUUCCAGCAGCCAAUCGAGUAACAGCGUGUCAAGUGUGAAGGCGGCACCCGGGAUGACCUCUAACACAGUCUACAAGGUCACCCAGAGUCACGACAAGAAGGAGGCCAGCAGCAACUCCCACCUGAGCCCUGAGAGGAGAGUGGGAGGCUCAGACCGAGCAGGAGGCCUGACCCCGACGCCUCAGGGUCACAUCACGCCAGGACCACGAGGCCAAGCUAACGGAGGAACAAAUCACAGCCCGGUGAUGGACAGACCGCCGCCCCCCUACGGUCACCAAAUGGGCAUUGAUUGGAACAAGUCCAACGCGGACGUCAUGCGCUCAAACAUCGGAGGCACCUCCUCUAAGUUUCAAGGGCUGGGGUUGUACGACCACAAAUCGAGCCUGUUCCACAACACCGGGCUAGUCCCAGGCACCCCCAACUCAAACAUGAACAAAACCACAGACCCCUCCCCCAUCAAUGACAGCAAACUUCCCCCCAAACAGAGGGCUCCCCCCAACCAGCUCCUCAACAAACUCUCAGACUUCUUUCUGCCCCCCUCCAAAGAGGCCUACAACUUCCGGAGGUCCCCGUCCCCUCACGGCACCACCACCUGGGGGGGGCCGGACCUCUCUCAAGCUGAGCCGGAGAGCCAGCAGAGUCCCCCGCCCCCUCCCUCUCCUGUCACACUGAUGAACAGGCAGGACCAGAAACGAAUGACACUGGGCCACAGCAAGCUGGACCUGGUGAACCAUUACAACAAGAUGAAAUCCAAGCAGGUUUACAGCCGCUUCGAGCUCAAGACCUCCAACUAAACCGCCGUCUCCUCUCUUCUGUCUCAAACGUGCGACUGUUCGGGUCACAGUCAAGAAAAAUACAUUUGAGGUUUUUAGAUGAAAGUUGUAAAAUUAAAAUAAUAAAUUCAUAUUAUUUCAAGAAUGGAGUCUUAAUAUUAUGAGAUAAGGCCAUGGUUAGCCUAAAUGCUAUUUUGAGUAGCAUAUAGUACAUUAGCAUUUAAGAAGAACAGCCAUCUGCUAGCAAUAAAAUUAGGAGGCUGGAGCAUUUAAAACAUUUUUUAAACUUAAAUUCUACAUUUUACUAUGGAAACGUAUGUUGUAAUCGCAGGAUGAGUCUGCAGAGGGCGCUGAACGGCUUGUUCUAUUUACGUGAUAGUUCCCCGAUAUGAACCAAAGAAUUUCACCAGACGGCGUCAAGCCUCUGCGUAAGCUGGUGAAACCUCUAACAUGGACUCUCUUCUCCCAGCACUGGAGAGCAGCCCUCCCCUGGAAGCCCUGCAGCGUUGUGCCCCCCGGAAGGCUUACAGAGAGCUGGCCAAUCAGAAGACAGUGGGCACGUGGGGAGGGGCCUUAAAGAGACAGCAGCUUGAAACAAACCGUUUCAGGCAGAGGUUGAAAUUUACGCCAGUAUCAGAUACAUCAGGAGGUUUCUGAGCUGCAGAUCGUGCAAAGCUUCUCUUCAGGUUUCAUAGAGUGACGACAUGAGAGGUGAACAGGGGAGCAUAUGAGAUCUGCCGUGUUGUGACUAUAAUUGGCAGACAAAUUAACAUUUAAUACCAGAACUACAGAUUAAAACCGGGAACAUGUAUUUUUUUAUUUCAUUUUAAGGAUAAGAAUAGAUAAAAAACAGUCAGCGAGCUGCUCUCCUGAUAUUCCCCCUUCAUAAUAGUACAUGGGCUAACCAUAUCCUAAAUUAAUCUCACUAUUCUCGUAAUCUUAUUUUUACCUUGAAAUGGUUUUUCUUAUGACUCCAAUCUUGUAAUCUUAUGACUUUAGUCUCAAAACAUUACAUCUUUAAAGCUCUUGUGAGGAGUUUUCAUCUUGAUAUGAAAGUGGCUGAAAUAACUCAGAGGCUUCUUUAUGACCUACAAAUGCAAACAUGACCGUACACAUUAAGAUGGAAUAUUUCUAUAUAUGAACUUUUCUCUGACUUUACACUGCUGCAGGGUUGGACCAAUCGAACAGCACAUCCAAACACAUUUUGUUUACAUUUUACCUCUGAUGGUUCAAAGAAAGCAGGAUGAGAUGUUUUAAUGCUAAUACUCUGUCACCAAACAUUAUUAGAGUCCACGAAGAAAUGUUUUCAUAGAGCUCUUGAAUUCCUCCCACUGAUGGAAAUCAUGUAAUUACAGCAAUGAUGGCGCGGAGGCUCUUUAGCUCAGUUAUCCUGUUAUUCUUGAAACCAUUUUUGCCUAUGUCAUCAUGUAAGGUAGUUUACAAAUGCAGGAGGGCUGUGACUCCUUGAGGGGUCUUAGUUUACACAAAAACAUGAAAGAAAAUCACACAUUUACUUUUCCUUUAACUUGAAUCAUACUGAAUCAGGUGACAAAAAUUGAAAGGGCCAGACUCUGCGAAUUGUGUGUCACACCAAAGCAGAUGUCAAUCAAAAGAUGAACUGCCAAGCCCACAAAGUCUUGAGAAAUGAGCUGGUUUUAACGUUGCACUGUAUAAAUUAUGGAUGUGGUCUCAGUGACGUCACCCAUCGGGUUUCUGAAGGAGAGAACGAUGGCGGUCGCUAAGUUUCGCUCAAUGUAGACAAAGGUAAAGAGGAGGAGUUUGAUGGAGCCUCCUGGCAAAUGGCUACAAAGCACCCACCUGUCAGUCAUCUCAGCCACGCCCAUAUUUAUGUAAAUGAAUGCUUAAUUCCUUAGCGUAUAUAUCCUCAAACAGGAAGAGAAGAUAAUCACCCCAUAAAGUUUUAAUGAUUUAGAAACGAGCUGUUGACUCAAAACCAGUAAAUUGAUUGUGUCUGCUGUGAAAAUGAGCAUUUUUACAUGAGUGUUGAUGGCGAUUCCUUGGCUUUUGAUGCCAGCCUCAAGUGGACACUCGUGGAACUGCAGUCGUGCGUUUCCGCAUUGGCUUCAUUUUUUCAACACAAGAGGUCGCCGCUUUGUCUCACCUAAAAUUUCUUAUGAACAUUUUUUUCACCAAAAUUUUUGUGAACUCUCAACUUUGAUAUCAUUCAUGUGUUUUUAUUUUUUAAUUUUAAGCCAAAACUUUAAGAGGCUUUAAAAUGUCCAGUGUACUGAGGAGUACAGGUAGAUGUACCUGGUGGUUGUUGGUUUGAUCACAGUCUCGUGUGGUCUUGUUUGGAAAGAGCUUGAAUGUAACAGACGUUCAUUUCUAUACAUGGAAAAGGUCCUGCACUCCAACCUUAAAGGUUAGCUUGUGUACCAUAGCAUUGAUAAUAAGUGAUUUUAUCACAGCCCAAAGUUCAUACACAAUGUAAGGAGGGAGGAGGGACAAUUGUACCAGACUGUUUUGAGUAUACACCGAUCUGUCCAAAUGAAUGAACAAAUUCUUAAUUUCAGUCGGACUAUAAUGUCAAACUCCGCUUUGGUUUUCUGAUCGUUCUGUUGUGUAAGAAAUGUGUUAAAUGAGAGAAGAAAGAGAUGCAGUGCAGCCCAGGACGUUAGGAAAACAUCUACAUCCGUUUCUUUCUUUUCAUUUUGACCUGUUAUACUGGGAUUGAAUGGUUCCUGUAACACUCCUGUAUUAUAGUGUAUAUACCACGUGCCUUCAUCAUCCUGCCUUAAGGUUUACAAUCACAGUGACUUGAGUGCUGAUAAAGACAUGCCUGUCUGAAACCUGACGACUACAGGGAAUAAAGCUCAUUGUGCGUAACAGCAGGAGCCCAAUAAUGUAAAUGUUCCUGCUGCUGUCGUCAUGACUCAGCUGGAAAACGACACACAUACGUGUCCCAAGUGAAGGGCUUCACACAAUCAAUACAGAGGAGUGUUUCCUCGGCAUAUUUUGAAUAUGUACAUUUGUACAGAGUGUUUAAACACGUUCAACAUGGUUAUGAGUAACUGUAUUAUUGUCAACAUGUAGUUUUCUUUGAGUUAUGUUUUGUGAUGAAAGGUGCUGAUGUGCAGCAGUCUUUCUUCACAGCACUACAGGGAUCUCCAACAGAAGAGCUGUCGUCACCUAAGCAAUAAGAACUGACCUUGUGAUCAAUUAUUUUGAUGUGUUUUGUUAACUGCUCAUGUCUUAUUGUUUUAUUGUUGUACAUUAUUUUGUUUCUAGAGGCCUAAUACAUAAACUCAUGGUCAGGAGUUUGGGGUUUUUUUUGUUUAAGAAUGACUUCUGAAAGUUUGUUAUUUUUAUUUUUACCGUUAUUUACUGGAGAAUGUGAACUUUCUGUUAAAAGUUGGUCCUAAUUUGUAAAUUGAACACUCUAGGAUUUAAUUAAAAAAAGGAAGUGAAAAGCUG